AAAAAAAUAGCCAAUCAUAUUAUUCCACCAACAAAAAUAAAAUAAUAAAUAUAUGAAUAUAUAAAUAAAAAAAACAUUAAUAUUAUUCUCUUUUGAUUUCUCUCUCUUUUCUUUUAUCUUCAAUUCAACCCUUCAGAGCUUCGACGCUAGUCUUCGCCGGCCACCCACCCACCCACCUCCGACUCUUAUCUCCUCCACUCUCUCUUUCCCCCCAAUUCUUAUCUCCUUCACUUUCACCUCUUAGGGUUUUUCUCUUUCAAUUUUGGUUUGGUGAUUUCUAGCGUCGUCGAUUUCUUCUGUAAUGGGGGUUAGGGUUUGGAUGAGUGGGAUCCUUAUGAUGCUCUUAUGGGAAACCCUCGCUUCUUCUGCUGAACCCGGCCUUUGCUCUUCAAUUUCUGUUGCGGAUUCGAUCUUAGGGUUACGAGAAUCCAGCUGCCCUCUUUAUCCUGAUUCCCUUUCAUUUGGUUUCAAUGGUGUUACAGAGGGAGAUGAGGUUUCAUUGCAAAGGGCCUUGAAUAUGGUUCACAAGAAUAGUUAUGAUUAUGUUGCUGUACUUUUCUAUGCCUCUUGGUGUCCUUUUUCGAGGACGUUUAGGCGAACUUUCUCUAUCCUGUCUACUCUUUAUCCUUCCAUACCACAUUUCGCCAUUGAAGAAUCAGCUAUCAGGCCAAGUUUCUGCAGUAUUCUAUCAAAGUAUGGAGUUCAUGGAUUUCCUACUCUCUUCAUUUUGAAUUCUACAAUGCGUGUUCGAUAUCAUGGCUCUCGAACCCCUGCUUCUGUUAUUGCUUUCUACAGUGAUGUUACUGGCAUUAUGACUGCAUCACAUGAUGAAGCCUCACUGAACGAAAUCGGAAGCUCAUCAAAUCACGAGAAGAAUGGCAAUUCUGAGCAGGAAAGCUGCCCAUUCUCAUGGGCAAGGUCACCAGAAAACUUACUCCGUCAAGAAACAUAUUUGGCGCUAGCCACAGCGUUUGUGGUACUGAGAUUGCUCUACUCAAUUUUUCCCACUUUGCUUGUAUUUUCCCAAUGUGUUUGGAGAAGGUACAUCCGAAACAUGAGAUUCGACACCUUGUUGGAGCAUCCCAUCGCUUAUCUUAAGCGAGCGGUACAGUUAUCAAAUUCCUUAAAGGAGCCUUGUAAGAGAAGCAAUUUACAGGAAGGAGCCAUGAAUGCCAAAGCUUGGGCUUCGAAAUCCCUCGCCACUGUUUCAAUCGGCGAUGCAAGCACCAGCAGCCGGUGUGUACCCGUGAACGAAUGCCAAUAACCUUCUUAGAAAAGCUCAAAACCACUCGAAAAGACGAAAAGUCUUCGACUUCGGUCACCCAUGAAUGGUCCAACAACAACAGCAGCUGAAAACAGAAAGAAGAGCAUUUGUGCUAGAAGAAGCUUUUCAAGAAUAUCAUCUUGAAGCUCUUGAGAAAUUAGGGGGUUUUAAUUUUGGGGUUCAACGAGUCAUUGCCAUGAAGGUGAAAUAUGUAACUAAAUCUUGAUGAUGAUGAUGUAGUAAUUCAUUUUUCCUUUUUUGUCUAUAUGUUUUUUCAAUUUUUUUCUUAACAAAUUACAAUAUUAAUAAGCAAUUAGUUAUUCAAAUUUUUGCUUUUGGAAACCA